AUGUUCGUCAGCCUUGACCACAAGCCGCACGACCAGUGCGAGCCGCCGGUCGGCGUGGGUUCGCCGGCGGAGGCGCCGCUAGACUGCCGGGCACCGCGGCCGCCACGGCGGUGGGAGCGCCGCGGCGCAUGCUCCGUGGCGCCGGCCCUCCGCGGCUCGGCUCGGCCCGCGUCCCGCUAUAAGCGGCAGCGCCGGCGUCCGCGGGCCGCAGUCCGCAGCUGGGCAGUGCGCGACGCCGACGGCGACGGCGACGGCUACGCGGCCGUCGCUGCCGUCGCGCUAGCCUCCUACGCGAACGCGCUCGGCGGAGAUUUCGUACACGACGACAUCCCGGCGGUGACGCGCAACAAGGACGUUCUGGGUCUGACGCCGCUGCCCGACGUCUUCCGCAACGACUUCUGGGGCACGCCCAUGGCGGAUGCCUCCAGCCACAAGUCCUAUCGGCCACUCACCACUCUCACUUUCAGGGCGACGUACUGGCUGGUGGGCGCGGCGCCCGCCUGGUUCCACGCGAGCAACGUGCUGCUGCACGCGGCCGCGUCGCUGCUGUUCGCGCGAGCCUGCUGUGCCGUCGCGGGACUGGCGCCCGCCUUCGCCGCCCUUGCCGGCGUCAUCUUCGCUGCGCACCCCGUGCACACGGAAGCGGUGACGGGGAUCGUGGGUCGCGCAGAUGUGCUGGCUUGUGUUUUCUUAUUAUUGUCGCUGCUCGCCUAUCACGGGCGUGAGCAGCCGCGCCUGUGGACCAGCGUGCUGCUGGCGGCGCUGUCCAUGCUGGCCAAGGAGACGGGCGUGGCCGCCCUGCUAGUCAACCUGCUCUUCGACGCCUACCGCUCCUGGAGCUCCCUCAAGAAGAGCCUGGUGGAGGCGCGCUGCAACACCGAGACGGUACUCUUUAGUCGAAGGGCAGCCAAAUUGCUGAUGGCGCUGAGCGCGCUGCUUGUGUUCCGUUUGGCGCUGCUCCAAGGUUCGCUGCCACGCUUCUCCAGCCAGGACAACCCCGCUGCAUUCCACCCCAGCAGGCUCGUCCGGUUCCUGACGUUCUGCUACCUGGCGGCGUUCAACUGCUGGCUGCUGCUGUGCCCGGCCACGCUGAGCCACGACUGGCAGAUGGGCUCCGUGCCGCUCGUCACCCAGCUGUCCGACUCGCGCAACCUGGCCACCGCCGUCUUCUUCCUCUGCAGCCUCGCCGUCGUCUACCGCGGGAUCAGCGACCUCGAGCACCAGCGGCCUCCGGCGGUCUUCCUGAGCGUGCUGCUGCUCGCCCUGCCCUUCCUGCCCGCCACCAACCUGCUGCUCACCGUCGGCUUCGUCGUGGCGGAGCGCGUCCUCUACAUGCCCAGCCUGGGCGCGGUGCUGGCUGCCUGCUACGGGGCGCAGCUGCUGUGGGCCGGCUGCGGCGGCUGCAGGGCGCGCCUGUGCGCCGUGGGCGCCGCCUCGCUGCUGCUGGCCGCCGCCUUCUGCGGCCGCUCGCUGCUCAGGAACCGCGACUGGGCCUCGCGGGAGACGCUCGUCAGGGCCGGCCUGAGAGCCCUGCCCCAUAACGCCAAGAUGCACUACAACCUGGCCAACGUGCUGCGGGACGCCGGCAACGCCGACCUGGCCGCCGAGCACUACCGCGAGGCUCUCAGGCUGUGGCCAACGUAUGCGAGCGCGCACAACAACCUGGGAACGCUGCUGCGUGCCGACGAGGCGGAGGCGCACUUCCUGGCCGCCAUACGGCACGCGCCCGGCCACGUGCACGCCCACUACAACCUGGGACAGCUCUACCGGAGGGACAACCGCACGGAGGACGCGGCCGUGAUGCUGGAGCGCUGCAUCCGGUUGGACUCGGGCUACACGCCGGCCUACCUGCUGCUGGCACGGCUGUACGCGGGCGCCGGCCUGCAGGCCAGGGUGGGCGAGCUGCUGCGACAGUUGGUACGCCUGCAGCCGCUGUCAGCCGACCGGCUCGCCGACUACGGCGAUUGGUUGCUGCAGCAAGGUCGGCGGCUGGAGGCGCUGCAGCUGUACCAGAGGGCGCUGGCCGUGUCCUGCACGCACCGGGCCGCGCUGCUGGGGGCGGCCAGGAUCCUGCGCUCGCAGGGCCAGCUGGCGCGCGUGCACCAGCUGCUGCUCAGGAGCCUGGCGAUGUCUCCGCAACACCGUGGCGGCCUCGUCUACACGGGGGACCUUCUCUUGCGGUCGUGGCAGCUGGGCUCCGCCUACCACCAGGAGAACGUCCCUUCUCAUCCUCCUAGAAACGCGGACGACACUUACAGGGAACAUGAAGCGGCACCGGCUAGGCAGCCGCCAGAGAGGCCCAAGACGAGCCAGCGGGCCGGCGCGAGCGACAAGUGGCGGCGGCGCGCGCCCAGCCGCAACCGCACGCUGGUGCUGCGGCCUGGCUCCGCGCCGCGGCCCGGACCUGCCGGCGAGGCGGAAGGCGUCGCAGCGGCGGCGGCAGCGACUGGGGCGGCGGCGGCGACGGCCGCUAGCAGGCCGCUCUGGCUGCACCACGUGGGGCAGAACUCCGGCACCGCCGUCUUCCACCAGGGCUACCACUACAGCUACUGGUCGGAGGAGCACUUCCCGCCGCUGUCGCUGCCUACGGAGGAGGACUUCUCGACGGAGCUGACCACGGGAUGA